CCCAGCUAUAUCUCUAAUCUCCGUAAGACAUGAAAACAAAACAAAAAUGGUAAGUUAAAUAAAAAGCCGGAAAUUACAUUUAACCCUAGAACAUUUAAAUUAUUUACCGGUUGUACCUACCUUAACCAAAGGAAUAACCGAAUUGAGUUGAACCACGAACCAAUCCCUAAUUUCGACCCGAAAUUAAAACCUAACCGUCCAAAAACCGAAUGGUACCAAUUCCCUAUCUUAAAUCCCCAAACCAGACCCGAUUCCCUCUCAUUUUCGGGAAGCCCUUCCCUCUCUCGACACUUCGGCGACACAACCGAGGGAGAUCCCCGCUACCCCCACCAGCGACGGCCAAUCCCACCGAAGAGGAGACUCCUGACCAGCAACGGCCAAUCCCACCGAUAGCGACACAACCGAAGAUGGUGCAACCGCAAGAACCUCAUUUCUUCCAACCUUUGCUUCCUGGAUUCCAGACUCACUUGACAAUACCCAUUGUAUUUUUCUCCAAGCACAUCCAAGGGAAGACGAAUGGGAACACAUGGACACUAACAUCCGACGCUAUGGAUCAAACAUGGCAAGUGAUACAAGAAGAGAGGCGACUCACCCGAGGUUGGAAGGAGUUCGCUGAGGCACAUGACCUUCGAAUAGGAGACAUUGUCAUCUUCAAACUCAAAGGUUCCAUGGUCUUUCACGUCACUCCCUUUGGUCCGAGCUGCUGUGACAUCCAGUACACAUAUCCCAACUCAAUGGAAGAAGCCCAUGACCACCAGAACAAUAGAACAGGGGCUAGGUUUUCUUACUCGUGGGACUACUGUUUUAAGGCUGAGGUCACGGAUUCUAAUGUCCGUGAAGACAAACUUGUGAGUGAAACGAGUGUUCUUUUGUGUACUUACACAUCUUUAUGUUGUUCUGACACAUAUGUUUAUGUUCUUUUGUUGCAGGAUCUCCCUGUGGGGGCUACUGGUUGUAAUGCUCUGAACAAAGAAUGCAAGAAGGCGAAACUAGUGAACAUAGAGGGAAAGGCGUGGAAUGUGUCAAUGCGAUUUAACGAAUCAGGCGGCUUCUACUACAUCAAAGGGUGGAGAAAGUUCUGUGCUGAAAACAAAUGCCACAUUGGAGACAGCUUUGUCUUCAAUGUGGUUGGAGAUGGGAACACUUUGCCAUUGAUGUGUGUCUGUUCUCCAAGUAAGGAGUGUCUUAAAUCUGCAGGUGACAUUGCUUCUUCCUCCCGGGUGAACUAGGAAGAUCAUGUGUUCUAGUUGGGGACGCGUCUAUGUUGGUUGUGACUUGAUCUUAAGAGCACAAUGUCUUGUGCUUUGAACUUAUUUUGUGUGUCUUUUAUAUGUUUGCUUUUUGGUACUUUCAACUUGUUAUUUUGAUUUGAUGGUACUUUGAACUUGUUAUUUCGGUUUGAUGUUGCAAACUUUUAGUUAAUCAUUUUCAUGUCAA